AUGGACCACCGCAUUGGUGGUUUCUACCCAACACCCGAGCCGUCGAGAGAAACCGAAAACGACGUUGUAUUUAAGCUUUUGGACUCACUCCCCAAUUUUGGAGACUCAGGCCUAGCUCCGUUGGCCCUCACUUCCCUGGUACCUUCGAAGCUGCCGGUGAUUGAGAUUCAGGAUGAAGAAUGGCUUGCAUGCUUCCAAUCACAGACGACAGCUAUUUAUCGUGAUCGACAGCUUGGAAUGUCCGUGAUAUCUCUUAAGGAGGCGGUUCUCGUGCUAUACCGUCUUAGUGGCAUGGAUGGUAUACGCAUUCCGAAGGAGCACGUCGACGCGGCAUUGGCCGAAUUAAAGAGAAGGCUCUUAUACUUUGCCAUUGACCGGCGUAAUAAGGGGGACAUGAGAGAAUACUUUGCUGUGUUGCCACUGGUUUCCAUCGGAGAAUUGAUUGGUCUGAAACUCAACGAGACGACAUAUACUGGACACCUUCGCAAAUGGGAUUCGAAGGAAGGAGAUUUGUGGCAUUGUAUCCUUCGCGGGAAAUACGAAGAAAAGAUCUACUUCGACUGGAAAGAACUAAACGAGUCGCAAAUUGUGCUCACUGGAGACAUGCGACAACUACGCCAAGAACUUUCGAAGAAAGAGAAAUAG